AAACAACUCAGGUCAGCAACGAAAGGUGGAUCUCUUGACGUAGUUCCAAAUGGCAAACAGUUCCAGGAUCUUCAGAAAUUGAUGAAGUUGAACCGAUCAAAUGCGAUGCUUGAAGAUGCGCAAGAUGAAUCUAAGACUACAACGACCUUCAUAUGAUAUUCAUCUGCACCAAACAUUUACAGUGACACUUGUUGCACCUGUUUGCCACUGGAGGACAACUUUAAUCACAUCAAAAGUAAAACUUGAAGCCAAACUGAAAGAUACGGCAGUAUUCUAUACUAGGUAGUCGCAUUUAUUGGAGAUCUCUACUGCUACUAUUCAUUUUCUCUUCGUAAGCGUAACAAGUGAAGGUUGGAAGUACUCUUUUUCAAGGAAUUUUUUUUCACUUUUGGAAAGACCAUCGUCAUAACCUGCUGUAUAUCGAAACUGCAUCACAAAUUAUACCAACUUAAUACACAUCAAACAAUAAAAUGUCCCACCUGUCCGUUGCUUCCACCGCGGAGCCGGCGGAAGCGGCUCCGGCCGCCGACCCGGAAGCCGUUCAGAACAACGAAAACCACGAGAUCGACUCCGUGAUUCCGGAUGACCCGCUGGAAAACGAAACCCAGGCGCCGGAGGAGAACGAUCAGGAGGGGAAUGACGACAACGAAGAUGACAUCAAUUCCGUCCCCCCGCCACCCCCGGAGGAUGAGGAGGAACAAGAAACCGGUGUUGCAGCUGGUGGUAAUAUGUCUACCAACCAGCUGAACGCUGACGCUGCGGAGUUCACGAUGGGAAAUAGUAAUCAGGACCAACAAAUCGCUAAUAUGAACCCGAAUGUGGUGAGUAUGAUGGGGAAUAACAAUAUGCAACACCCUAUGGCAGGAGGCGAGAACAAGAACAAUCACCACCGGCAGAAGUGGAAUCCGAUGCACUUUGUCGGGGAGUUCGAGGACUCUCUCGGCCACCGGAUCACCUCCGUCGAGGUGCCGCCGCGGAACCCCACUGGACCGGGUAUGAAACAGCCGGAGCCGUCCUUUCACGCCCACUUUGUGGCCAGAAAUCGCCCGGAUAAGAGGUACUGAUUUGAUUCUUCCUAUAUCAAUCUGUUGCGAUUGCUUCUGCUUGCAUGACAGGGACUGCUUGCAAUGGAAUGUUCUUACGCAUCAGAAGUUAGUUGUGCAUCGAGAUUUUUGCAUGGAGAUGUUCAUGGGCUAAUAGCAUGAGAAACAAAGGUCUUUAUUCGUUAUGCGAAUACACAUACACAUCGACGAAACACAAAAACAGGUUCGUCAUCGCCCGGAAGCAGGUGAUGCGAUCGCAGAAGCGUGCUUGGAUGUGCGGGAAUGGGUACUUUUGCCACCAGCUGUCCAACCCCGACCGGAUUGUCUUUCAGACCAUCGAUGGACGGGAAAACGUCUGGACGAGGCUGCCACCGGUAGAAUUUUUGUUUGUCAUGCAGUAACAGGCAAGAGACGCACGAUUUCCGUUGCUACAGUGCUAGUUUAAGUAGUCUAUGUUUAUUGUGUGCUUCCUUUUAAUAUUGACGUUCAAGUUUGUCAUGCAUAAUAGCCACAGCACUUCGAAAUAUUAAACGACGACACUACAUCACACUAUCAGGCCGGCGCCGUUUUCUUCGAUCCGCCCCCGAAUCUGACGAUCGACGUGGAUGCCGCAAUGGCGCAGUGGCGCGAGGAGCACUUGAAACUUCUCGAGCAGAAGAUGACGGAGAUUCAUCUGGAGGACGAGCAAGCGAUUGCGGAGAAGGAACAACAACAACAGCAAAUUUUGACCGAAAAGAACGACACGACCGAACAACAAGAACAGUUGCAAAAUAACGUUGAGAAGGUGGAAAAUAUUAACGCCGUCCAACGGAAAGAAAAAAACGACAAAAAUACGACCGAAAAGCAGGCAUUCAAAACUGGCGAAAGCACACCCUCAACAACUCCGGAUGAGGAAAGCAAGGAGGAACCUAGUGCCACCGAAAACAAGAAAUCCGACGACACCGAAGCCACUUCCUGGGCAGCAAAGCUGAAGAAGUCAACAGAGACGAAAGCGUCCUCAUCAACUGCUACGAAACAGGAGAAAAAGGACACCAAGCCAGUCCCCAAAGUCAUGGAAAACGUAGAAAAGUCAUGGCCACCAAAGAAAUGGGCGGCCAAUGCCAACGCGGAGGAAUUUUUCCCGGCUUGCUUGGAAUUGACCCGACCAAGAGUAAGCGGGAAUGCGAAGCAGGUGAAGGAACUACAGGUAAGUAUGAAUUAAUCUUAAAUAAACAGAUAAGUACCACUGACUAGAGGCUUAAAGCGACGAGCUUGCGAUGUAUAUUUUCCAAACAUAGUUAGAGAUAGAACCGCGAGUAGCAUCAUCUUCUUUGUAGUUGUGCAGAUUCAAAAUCAAAUUUGACCUACUUUACUAGUUUGUCAUGCAUAUUAUCCGAAACAAAAAAAAACUUGUAUCAGGUCCGAGCGGUCUCUGAUGUUGGGAUGGGCAACCAGAUGUUCUCCGAAUUGCAGUGGACGUUGGAGGAAAAGUGGAGCCAGUUGAAGAAGAAUCCGACGGAUUUCGCAGUGGUGUCCCCGCACUUCUCAGUCGGCGUCGUGGAGAACGUAUUUUUGCUUUACAUACUGUUUGUACUUUUUGGCAGUACAGAGUCAGUUUGUCAUGUAAGAAGAAGCAUGAGAGGCUAAUAUAGAAAGAGCAGCCAACAUCCGCGCUUUAUCUACCAAGAAGCCCAAUCGUAUCGCUAUCUUGUAUGGAAAGACUCAAUACUCUGUCGUAAAUGAAAAACACAAAACAACUAUCAGCUCCAACUUUCCUUUUUCCCGUCCGGGAGGAAAGCCAGCGGCAAGAAGUCGAAGCACACCUCGCUCCAACUGAUCACGGGCGAUUUGCAGGAGAGAGCCAUGGGCUUGGAAUUGGAAAUUAUGAUCAACGGCAUUCGGUGUGAAACCGCGAAGAAGACGGUUAGUGGAAGGUUAUGGAUGUGUCAGAAUCGAAAUCGUCAAAGUUGAACUAGUUUGUCAUGCAUAAAAUGCAACGCAGAAAUUGUCUCUAUUGCAGAGAACGCAAGAGAGGCAGACUGUAAGCCUGUCGAGGGGCAGAAAUAGAGCUGCCCAAGUAGCAUGACAAAAGGCGUCGACCUUACCCAAACAGCAUGACAAACUGGAUUUAGAUUCUACCCAAAUUUGUUAUGCGCUACUUGGAAACUGGGCUGCAACUGGCCUCCACUUUACGCAUGGCAAACUAUUUCAACUUUGUUGAUUUCGAUCCUGACGCUUCCAUAAAGGUUCACCGGGGACUACCCGUCUAUGGAUGAUAAGACGGAGGAGGUGAAGAUUUGCUUGAGGAUAAUCAACUUGUUUAAGGACGAAAAAAAGAUCGAGAACUAAGAAUGGUUCUCGUACUUCUCAGGAACAACGGACAUCACGGAUUUUGUUUCCAAUCAACGCAUUAUAGAAUUUCACAACAAGAAAUCAACUAUGAUGUGGAACUGGGGUCGCCUGAUUACUCAACUUUUUGACGACCGAAAGAUCGAAGUGUAAAGGUUUUGGCACUAAUUGUAUGCAGAAUUGGCAGGGGAGGAAAAUCUGGAAGACUGCAACGAUUUUACGGCACAGUGAUGACAAAAUAAAGAGAAAAAUCUACUUGACUCAUUUACGCGCACGAGAGAAGAUGAAACUUUUUAUACUAAAUGCAUAUGAACGCGUGAUUUAUUCGUAGGAUGAUGGGAGGAGGAAGACUGAUUUUUAGAAUCAAGGGCUUAAUCUAGCGCUACACACUUUUUAGACGACCAACGGCAAAUAAUGAAAUUCCUAUACCGGGUUUUUCGUUCCGGACGAAAUAUUAAGCCACUUACAACGCACUUUGAUCAGUCUUUUUAGACAUGGAAAAGCUGAAAAAAUA